UGAAGUUACCGAUCAGUAUACCCUCAUCUCAAGAUAAAGAUCUGCGUACUUAGUAUUCUCACUAUGAAAGAGCAUUAUCAUGAUACAAUCUCGAUUUACAACGAAAUAGGGGACCAAUCGAAAGUAUAAACCAACUAUAAAUACUCUUUCGAAAACUUGAAGUUUAUCAGUCAGUUGCAAACCUUUCUAGUGCUACACGUCAAAAAAAGUCAACUUUCGCGCUGUUUUUGUUCAAAACGUUCAAAAAGUUUACAUUCGCGCUUUUUUUUUAAAGUUACCGUCAUAGUUGACAGUUAUUUUUCUUAAAUUUAGAAAAUGAAGUUGCUCGUGCUAUUCUGCCUGUUUUAUUUCUUAUUUGAAAUCCGCGGGUCUUUUAUAAAGCCAAAUAAUAUUCCGAGGGUUGGUCGUAGCAAUGAGGCGGAUGGACCGUUCGAUCAGAAUUCAAUGGGCUACGUUAUCAAAACGAUUCCUAAUAAAAACAUACCCCGUAUGGGUAGAAGGAAUUACGAUUCGGAAAAUAGCUUUGAUAUACCGAAACUGUAUCAAGUACCUGUCGAAAGUGAAGUAUACAGAGAUGAGGGACAAUUAGAAGCUUAUUAUGGAAACCAGUACGAAAACUUAAAAAGAUAAUAAAGCUUCAAAAUAAAGCUCGUCAGCAAGUCUAAACCACGGUGAUGCAUUUUGUAAAAGGACUCAUUUCUCAUUAAUAUAUUAUUGAAGGCAUAUCA